UCUUGUUUGCAGGUCUGAGCAAAAUUUUGCAAAUCAUUUCAAUCUAAAAUAGUAAUAUGAACGCAAUAAUCAGUUCAAUCUCGCAAAAUUUUGCAGCAUAAUAUUCUAAAUCCAUCCAAAAAAAGAGAAAAAGUAUUGCCGUUGAACUUGAAAUGCAUCUGAACUUAUUACGGCAUGCAUAAACCCAGAUCUGCUCUAAAAUAACCGAAAAAAGAAAAAAACCCCAAGUUCUCCCUCAUUUCCAAUUGAGGGAGAGAGAAAUCAGGGAGGCAUUGUUAGUUUGAAAUUAGGAUUGAAGAAAUGGCGAAUCGGAUCUUCGAGUACUUCGUGGUAUGCGGAAUUGGGCCUGAGAUUGGGACUUUGGAUGGAGAAAGAGGUUACCACGGGAGCGAGUUCAUGUAUUUGCCCUCGCUUCUCGAUCAGUAUCCUCCCACCGAUCACACUCUCUAUCCCCCUCCUCCCCCUCAGCUCCCAACUUGCGUUUUACCUGCUGGUGUUCAAUUCCAUGCAUCUGGCUUUGAUUCUAAAGAUCCUUCAACCUUUCCACGGAACUAUCCUAUUGUUUUAACUGAGGGAGAUGGGUCUAAAAUUUAUGUUAGUUGCAUUGCUUUCCGGGAUCGUGUUUGCGAGGAUAUUGUUGAAGCUUAUCGCAUUGCUGCAAAUUCUUUUGCUGAUAAAUGCAUCUGCCUUGUUUCUCGUUCACCUAGUUUUCGUAUACUACGAGAUGCAUUGGAGGAAAUUUUUUUGCUUUGUUUCUCUUCUUCUGGAAGUAGCAAGCCAUUAUGGGAUGUUAUAGCAUAUCUGGUCUCCAGUGUACCUUUGCCUACUCCUGGAAAGGAUCGAGUUCUGUUUGCAAUUGAGGAUAGCCUCCUUGCAGUUGAGGUUCCACCAAAGGAUGGGCUUCCUCAUGCUGAUAUAUCAUUUCAACCCUUGAUCCAGUGUCUCGAUGUUGACAAUUUUAUCAAAUUAUUUACAGCUGUGUUGCUUGAGAGGAGGAUUUUACUUCGAUCAAACAAGUAUUCUCUUCUAACUCUGGUUUCGGAGGCUAUAUGCCAUCUUAUUUAUCCAUUUCGUUGGCAGCAUGUCUACAUUCCAUUGCUUUUCUUCAGUGGAGUCGAUUAUAUUGAUGCUCCUACGCCGUAUAUGAUGGGUCUUCAUUCUGGUGUUGAUACUUUUGGGCUAACAAUGGAUGGCGUAGUUGUUGUAGACCUUGAGCACAAUUGCAUUACCACAUCUGAGGAUAUUCCUCCCAUACCAGAGCCAGAGUAUAGCUCUUUGCGGGGGGACAUAACGAAAUUGUUGCAUCCGAAUGUUGUUGGCAUAGACCAAAUGAAGGCCACUCUAAGUAACUGCAAGGAGGAGUUUCUUAGAGGUAGUAGCAAGCCAUGGGGAGAAGAUCAUGACCUUCAACUGAGGAUUAUAUUUCUAAAGUUCUUCGCAUCAAUAUUAGGUGGCUACCGCAACUUUAUAGAAAGUACCACAACUCUUGUCUUCAACACUCAGGCUUUCUUGAAGAAGCGUUCCCGGUCAACAAACCAGCCGCCAGAUCCGAUGAUCUCCCAAUUUUUAGAUUCUCAAGGGUUCUUAGAUUAUCUGGGGAGAGGCGUAGGGUUUGAAGAAAGCAAUAUUAAUUUGCUUGAUAAGUUACAAGAUGCAAUUGGGAGGGGUCAAAGUCCUCUCUCAAUCCUUCCAUCUAUUAUGGGAGAGCCUGAGAUUGUAACUAUAUCUGACUAUCGUGCAGGAUCAUCAGGCUCAGAUGCCAAAUACUGUUAUGAUAGAUUCCCUUCAAACAUCUUAAACGAAGAAGAGGAAGUAAAGAGAAAACAGAUUCUAGCUACUGCAAGUGGGGCCCUUGAGUACUCUGGAAAGCAUGCUCCUGGCUCACCUUCAAUCUUUGCUGGUCAAGAUUCUAAGGCUGAAAGUCUCAGUCCAAGGGAGAGGGCAGCUGAAAGAGAGCGCAUGGUUUUGGACAUCAAAGUCAAGUUGCAGGGGUUAUGGCUACGUCUUCUCAAACUGGGAAGCACUGAUGAUCCACUUUCAUCAUUUGAAUAUGGAACAAUCCUUGCUUUGAUCGAGUCGGAUGCUGAGGGCAUUGGUGGUAGUGGCUUUGUUGAAUGUAUAAGGGAGCACAUUCACUCGGGGUGGACCUGUCAAUUGACUGAGGAGCAGUUUAUUGCCGUGAAGGAACUGCUCAAAACAGCAAUUACUCGUGCUACUUCUCGGAAUGACAUGGCUACCAUCAGAGAUGCCCUUGAAGUUUCAGCUGAAAUAUACAAGAAGGAUGUGAACAAUGUUUCGGACUAUGUCCAGCGACAUCUUCGUUCUCUUCCUGUGUGGGACGAUUUACGUUUCUGGGAAGGGUAUUUUGACUAUCUGUUGGACCGCUUCUCCAGCAAAUCUGCGAAUUAUGCAACCCUGGUGACAACUCAGCUAAUCGUUAUGGCUACACACAUGGCUGGGCUAGGACUUGCUGACACUGAUGCUUGGUCUUUGAUUGAAACAAUUGCCGGGAAGAACAACAUCGGUUAUAAUCACAUGAUAAAACUUAGGGGAUUUCUGGCUCAUAUUCGGCAAAUAUGUAUUGGUUAUUGGGGAAUCUAUUCUAGCAAGUCCCAGGCAGUGCCAUUGUAUGGAUUGGCUUCUCCACGCCCUGAUGCUGCUAAUGAAGUUGAGCAACCAGCUGAGGCAUCUGGUGUUGGACGAAGCUGGGUCCAAAGCAUGUUUAGCAGGGACACCACAUUGAGAGCCAACUCGUUUAGCCGUGUUCGCAAGUGGACUUCUGAUACUGGAGUAAGUGAGAAUGGUAAGCAAGAACCAUCUGCUGCUGGGCAAAAGAAAAUACAGACUAGUGUUCGCACUCUUAGAGGUCAUACAGGAGCGGUCACUGCUUUGCAUUGUGUAACAAGUAGAGAAGUAUGGGACCUAAUUGGUGACCGUGAAGAUGCAGGUUUCUUUAUCAGUGGUAGCACAGACUGCACGAUUAAGAUCUGGGAUCCAAGUCUUCGUGGUUCUGAACUUAGAGCAACUUUAAAGGGGCAUACUAGAACAGUUAGGGCAAUAAGUUCUGAUAGAGGAAAGGUUGUAUCUGGAUCUGAUGAUCAGACUGUUCUUGUAUGGGAUAAGCGGACUACUCAGCUUCUUGAAGAGCUAAAGGGCCAUGAUGCACAGGUCAGCUAUGUGCGAAUGCUGUCAGGUGAACGUGUCCUUACUGCUGCCCAUGAUGGGACUGUAAAAAUGUGGGAUGUAAGAACAGAUACCUGUGUUGCUACAGUGGGUCGUUGCUCUAGUGCUGUUCUUUGUGUUGAAUAUGAUGACUCAACUGGGAUCUUAGCUGCCGGUGGCAGAGAUUCGGUCGCAAAUAUUUGGGACAUACGAGCUGGAAGGCAGAUGCACAAGCUUUUAGGGCACACAAGUUGGAUUAGGUCAAUUAGAAUGGUUGGAGAUGCUGUAAUUACUGGGAGUGAUGAUUGGACAGCACGGAUGUGGUCUGUUUCUCGAGGAACAUGUGAUGCUGUUCUAGCUUGCCAUGGAGGUCCAAUCCUCUGUGUAGAGUAUUCAAUCUCAGAUAAAGGCAUAAUAACAGGCUCAACUGAUGGAUUGCUGCGCUUCUGGGAAAAUGAUAAUGGUGGUCUUAAAUGUACAAAGAAUGUUACUCUCCAUACUUCUUCAAUAUUGUCUAUAAAUGCUGGGGAACACUGGCUUGGAGUGGGGGCAGCUGAUAAUUCAAUGUCACUCUUUCAUCGGCCUCAAGAGAGACUUGGUGGUUUCUCUAGCACAGGUGCAAAGAUAGCUGGGUGGCAGCUUUACAGAACCCCACAGAAAACGGUUGCAAUGGUAAGAUGUGUUUCUUCAGAUCUUGAAAGGAAAAGGAUUUGUAGUGGUGGCCGAAAUGGGUUGCUUAGGUUGUGGGAUGCUACCAUCAACAUAUAAAAGCUUAGUAUUUGCCUCUGAUUCUUCUGUGUUGUAAGUUCGAUGUGCAUAAAAUUUUGUAUAAAGGAACUAGAUCACAUUCAACUAAUAGAUUGAUUUGUUGAUUUUAGAUAGUAGUUGUGCGUGACUCACUCAAUUUGGAUAAUGAUUGACUUUGUAUUGCACUAUAAUGCAAACAUAUUU